AUGGCUGAUAAAAAAAAAGAUGAGCCUGAAGGAGAAGAAGAAUUCUCAGUUGAGAAGGUAUUAGACAGGCGUGUCAGAAAUAACAAGGUUGAAUAUUACUUGAAAUGGAAAGGAUAUAGUGAUGAGGACAACACUUGGGAGCCUGAGGAGAAUCUUGACUGUCCAGAUCUCAUUCAAGCUUUUGAAGAGGCCAGAAAAAAGAAAGAAGCAGAGGGGAAAACAGUAAAGGUGGACAAGGAUCUUAAGAAACGUAAAUCUUCAGCAGCAACGCCAGAUCUAAAAGGGGCUAAAAAAGCUAAAACCGAUGACAAGAAAGCUUCAGGAUUUGAUCGUGGCCUAGAACCAGAAAAAAUUAUUGGAGCAACCGACAGCAGUGGCUCACGUGGCACACGCCUGCACCCGAUGAAGCUGGCAAUGAUGACUAGAAAUGGUAAUCCAGUUCCACAUGAGUUGUCUUCGCAAUCUGAUAAUUACAAUUUUAUGAUAAGAAAGGAAAAUACGGUUUUCCUAAUCAUUUUGUUCAUUAAAAACUCGUUCAUUCAAGCAAAAUUCCAUUUAUUAGACAAGUGUAACAUAGUACUUAGGGUUAUGCUGUAG